GGAUGAGGUUCAGCAAGGCCCAGUGCUGGGUGCUGCACUUGGGCCACAGUGAUUCUCAGCUUGUAGAGCUCUGUUACAAAAUCGAGGGCAGAGGUUAUGGUUGACUGUUGGUGUCAGUUGCUUCGGGCAGUCCUUCAGUUGUCCCUUGGGUCACCCAUAGACUCGCAGAACCUUUGGGCUGCUGUGAAGGGUCAGCCUUGCUGCUGCCUGGGUGGAAGGCCCCUGACCAAGGUAAGGACAUUCCCCAUCUCCCUGGAUUUUUUCCAGAUCACAGAGAUGCCCAGCAGCUGACUGCACACACAUGUAUUGACAGUGCUGACAAGAUAAGAUAAGGCUCCACUGCUGGAACUUAAAAAGCUCCCCCAUCCCUUCCCCAACCUCUCAUCUCAUCUGUCUGAGGAUGCUGACCUCCUCCCUCAGUAUUUUCCUUCUUCAAAGCUCAAGGUCAAGUCAUGGAUGCAGGGACCCUCUUGGUCUGCUUUUCUGACACUUCCAUGGACAGCAGGAAGUACAGCUCAUUUCUGGGAUCAGUGGGGCACGUUCUGCUCGCUCAGUUUGCAGCUUACCUGCACUGGUGACAUGGCACCUCAGUCUGCAACUGUGAACGGGACACUAAUCUUUCUGUGGACAGAGAUACCUGUCUGAAAUACUCAGGCCAUUCCUAAAAAUCUGCAUAAAACUUAAUGUUCUCUGCCAUGCCACAUUGUGUCACCAUAUAUUUCUGACCCUUUUCUCUGAAAUCUACUGCUCUAAGGAGUAUGGAGUAUUUAGAGUUAUCUUUUAUUGGUUACUUUGGGCCUUUCACACAGAGUGGUUCAACAAAACCUUUUCUCUCCUCUCUGUCUGCAGCCUGAGCAAAGGAUGUAGCUGAGUUUGCUCGCAGGAUGGAUAACAGCAGUGGUCCUGUUCUUGUCCUUACCUUGCUCCUGCUGCAGAAUACGAGCAGCCCCAAAGCCUCCUCCCCUCCUGCUGGCUACGAGAUGGCAGAACCUCCAGUCCCAGGAGCCAGCCCCAGCAGGAACCACUCUCUGGUAGAGUAUGGGCUGAGGCCGGGGGAAAUCGUAGCUGCCAGCGUGGUUUGGGGAGUGCUGUGGCUGAUUUCUGUCUUGGGAAACUUCCUCGUUUGCUUAGUGAUCCACAGGAGCAGGAGGACACAGUCCACCACCAACUACUUUGUGGUGUCCAUGGCCUGCGCCGACCUCGUGAGCAGCGUGGGGAGCGCGCCCUUCCUGCUGCUGCAGCUGAGCUCGGGGCGGUGGAUGCUGGGCAGCGGCGUGUGCCGGCUGGUCAGGUACAUCCAGUACCUCACGCCCGGGGUCCAGAUCUACGUGCUCCUCGCCAUCAGCGUGGAUCGAUGCUACACUCUCAUCCAUCCCCUGAAUUUUAGAGUUUCCAGGGAGAUAGCCAAGAGAAUGACUCUGGUCUGUUGGCUCUGUGGUGCUCUGUUUGCAUCACCAGCAUGUUUUCUGUAUGGCUCCAGCAGUGACCACCACUGCAACUUUUUCCUCCCCAGUUCUUGGCUAGGAGCUGCCUCUGGUGUCCUCCACCUCUCAGUGCUGUUGCUUUUGAUCCCAUCACUCCUCAUUAUCCUCUGCUACCAGAAACUCUUCAUCUACAUUUGGAGAAGUAGCACUGAGGACGCAGCUGGAAGGAGGACAAUGAAUCUUGUCUUACGAAGAAAAGUGAAAACUGUCAAGAUGCUCUUCAUCUUCGUCUUGGAUUUUCUUCUGUCCUGGCUGCCUUUCUUCAUGGUACAGUUGUGGCACCCACAGGAAACAGACUACAGAAAGAGCUCCUUGCUUUUCCUGGCCAUCACCUGUAUCUCUUUCAGUUCCUCAGCCUCUAAGCCAAUCCUCUUCUACAUCUAUAAUGCAGAUUUCAGAAGAGGAAUGCAAGAAAUUUGUUGUGUGUGGAAAUACCCCAGAAGCAACAUCUACACCAUUACCACCAGUUCCAGGACAGGUGAAAAUAAUUACGUUAUCCCAGCCCAUCCUCACCAAAGACUCCACCGUGAUGCUUUUAACAGAGAAGUCAAGGAGUAUGAGCUUGCCAGGCCUGGUGAGUCCAAUCCCACAAAUACAUUUGCCAGGAGGGUUGCAUUACUGUGAAAAGGAAUGGAUGACCUGUGGGGGUGCCAUGUUCCCCUAGAAGAAGGAGGAUCUUUCACUCUUUUGAAGCAAUAAAUAGGUACAUAUUUUAGACCAGCUCCUAAGGUAGAAAAAAAAUAAAUGUUCUGUAAUAUUUAAUGGCUUGGUUUUGAUGCAUUUGUUCUAUUUUAUUUCAGUUUUCAUGUCCUGCUUUGGGGAACUCCUUUCCUGGAAUCUACAAGAGCCCUUAUACUCUCUGUCUGUAGGAAAAAAAGGGAAAGAAAGAAAUACGGCUUGUUAUAAUCCCUGUAAGGGAUGGGCCAUAGUGUAGAAAACCCAAAUCCACCCAAAGCCAUCUAGGCUUCCUUCCUUCCUGUCCCUGGGGAUAUUCCUGCACUGGGCUUGCCCCUCUUGU